AUGGACUCCAUCAUCUUCAACCACGCAGCAGAUGUCUCGCUGCAUGCACGCAUCUCCCGCCCUUCCGUCGAUCACCACAAACCCCUGCUGGUCUUCCUCCACUACUGGGGCGGUUCCUCCGCGACAUGGUACAAGCUGACAUCAGACGAUUCAGCCACCUCGCUAAGUGCCCUCUACCCGAUUCUGGCCCUCGACCUCCGCGGCUGGGGGAACUCCACCGGGCCCUCCGACGGGGAAAGCGCCUACGCCAUCGCGCAUAUGGCCACCGACGUCGCGGCUGCCCUACAGACGCUACGCGCCGACCGUGAGAAGAAGGAUCUGCUAGAGCAUGGGUUCGUCCUCAUCGGGCAUUCCAUGGGCGCCAAAGUCGCCAUGGCAACGCUCGCGGAGCUUCCGUCUCCGCUUCUCCAGGCCCUGAAGGGUCUGAUCCUUGUGGCGCCCGCGCCCCCCACCGCCCUCUCGAUGCCCCUGGAAAUGCAAGAGCAGCAGAAGAGCGCAUACGCAUCUCCUGACUCGAUCCGCUGGACGGUCGAGAAUAUCCUCGCUAGACCGGAGAACUUGAAUGAGCAGGACAUCGACAUGGUGAUCGAGGACAGUCUGAAGGGCAGUUGGCUGGCCAAGAAGGCGUGGCCCGGUCGCGGCAUGCAGGAGGACAUCUCCGAUGCGCUGCAGGAUGCUCUGUCCGCUAUGGAUAAGGAUCGACUGCGCGUUCGCAUCUUGGUCGGGGACGGUGAUGUCGUCGAGCCAAGGGAGCGAGUCGACAAGGAAGUCCGGCAGUUUCUGGCAGAUACGGGUGUGCAGGUGUCUUUGAGGACCGUCCCUGGGGUGAGGCAUCUGCUGCCGCUGGAGUGUCCGGAGAUGAUCUAUAAGGAGAUUCGGCUGUUCUGA